GUUAUAACAGCAUUCUUGCUUGAAGUAUUCAAAUUAUCAGGAUUUAGGCAAUCAUUAGGUUCAAGCUAGCAGUUAGGAGAAAGAGGGACUCCAAUAGUAACAAUUAUUGAGCUCUUAACCUCUUCGGUCUUAUUAUUGAUAUUCGAUUGCUCUUUCUGAGACUCAAUAUCGUUGUUUCCUUUCAUAUCAAGUGGAUAGUUAGUAUGAUAAACCAAUUUAUUUCAGAAAGGCUGUACAGGGUUCUCACUUGGAGGGAUACCUUCCUUAAUCUCUUCCUCUUUUAUCUUGCUUCCUUCCAUUUUCCUUUCUGAUCUAUUUUCUUCUAAGAUGAAUUUAGAGAAUUAUUAUUAAAGUGUGGAAAAUUAAACGUAAACAAACACAAUUUUUACUAAAAACCUUACUAUUUGUGAUAUCUUUCUUCCUACGAUAGAAGUAAGGUCAAUAAAGAGGGUUUUAAAAGUGGUUCAUGCUUAUUGAUAUAAAAUAUGUAGAUUUUUUAAUAUAUUAUGGCAAAUACCUUCCCAAAAAUUACCGGCAUACGAAAAUUAGAAAGAAAUUUGAAAGCUAUAGCUUAUGGUGUAGCAAAAUAGAAGAGUUUAAAAAUAGUGUAGUUCAGAAAAGUAAGUUUUUUACUCUUCUCCCAGCUAUACCAUGAAUUUCAACUGUCAAAAACCUUCUUGAUAUUUAUAUGUCGCUAAUUCCUGAGAAGACAUUGACCAUAAUUAAUAAAUAACUCCACAAUCUCCAAACAUUAAAAAGCAUAAAUCCCUUCCAGCUCUCUAUAACAUAAGCACACUCCUAUAACAGCCAGUAGGAACAAUAAUCAUAGUACUACAUCUGAGAAAGUCUAGCUCCCCGAUGACAUAUAUCACCAUCACAGAACCCUUCCGACCCAUCUCUAUCUCCAUCAUGCACGCUUUCUCUGAGUAAUCUCACCUCCAAACCUUCCUUACCCAUACUCAAGCCCAAGCUGAACCCCCUCCCUCAAAGUUUCCAACUCUCUCAAAGUCCCAAAACCUUCAAAACCCUAAAACCUCUGCUCAUCCCCCAAAACCCCACCACAAGUCUCAAAUUCCCCAGCCCCUAUCCUCCCCUUCCCAGUCACAAGUCUCCCCUCCUGUGCUGGUAGGCACAGGAGGGGGCCAGCAAGGACCAGUCUUUUGAAUAGGAAUUGUACGUACAUU